AUGGACAAGAUCUCCAGCAACGAAGGAAAGCCGAUAAGAUGCAAAGCAGCAAUAUGUAGAAAAGCUGGCGAAGCAUUGGUGAUAGAAGAGAUCCAAGUUUAUCCACCUCAAGCUUACGAAGUUCGGAUUAAGAUCCUAUGCACUUCUAUAUGUCACACUGAUGUUACUAAGUGGAAAGAAGACACUGGACCGCUUGCAAGGUUUCCUAGGAUUUUUGGACAUGAAGCAGUCGGCGUGGUCGAGAGCGUUGGAGAACACGUGGACGGAUUUAAACAAGGUGACGUCGUUUUACCGGUGUUUCAUCCUCACUGUGAGGAAUGUAAAGACUGCAAAUCUCCGAAGAGCAACUGGUGCGCAAGGUUUUGCGACGAUAGCUUAUCGAACACAAGAAGAUACGGAACGAGCUCAAGAUUCAAAGACUCUUCCGGCGAGAUCAUCCACCAUUUUUUCUAUGUCUCGAGUUUCACCGAAUAUACCGUCGUGGAUAUCGUCCAUCUCGUCAAAAUCUCUCCCGAGAUCCCCGUUCGAACAGCGGUUUUGCUCGGCUGCUGCGUCUCCACAGGUGUUGGAGCUGCAUGGAAGGUGGCUGACGUGGAGGAAGGUUCCACAGUCGCUAUCUUUGGCCUUGGUGCUGUUGGACUUGCGGUUGCAGAAGGCGCAAGGCUGCGUGGGGCUGCAAAGAUUAUUGGCGUGGAUCUCAAUCCCGACAAAUUUGAAAUAGGUAAACAAUUCGGGAUCACGGAUUUCAUCAACCCUGCUAUCUCUAAAGAGAAAAGAAUCAGCCAGGUGAUUAAAGAAAUGACACAAGGAGGAGGAGUUGACUACAGUUUUGAAUGCAUUGGUUUAGCUUCUUUGAUGGAGGAGGCUUUCAACAGCAUUCGCACGGGAUCGGGUAAAACAGUAAUAGUGGGGAUGGAAAAAAAUGAUUCACCGAUAAGCUUGGGUAGUCGUUAUCUUCUCAGAGGCAGAACUAUAUGCGGAACUUUAUUUGGCGGUUUGAAAUCUAAACUUGAUAUUCCCAUUCUCGUGGAUCGUUAUUUGAAAAAGGAGCUUAAUCUGGAUGGUCUGAUUACACACGAACUAAGCUUCGUGGAAAUUAAUAAAGCUUUCGAUUUAAUGGUGGAAGGAAAUUGUAUCCGUUGCGUUCUAUGGAUGGAUCAAUAA